AUGCUUCAGGAUAUAGGGCAUUAUAAGUCCAUUAUAAAAGGCAGUCCAGCUCCUUGCUUUCUCACCCACUACUCUAGCCACCUUCUUCUUCAGAACCAGGUGCACGUUCAUCCCCAAGACAUGUCCUGCUGCAACCCGUGUGUGCCAUGCCAGCCCUGUGGCCCUACUCCUCUGGCCAGCAGCUGCAAUGAGCCCUGUGUCAGGCAAUGCCAGGACUCAACCAUCGCCAUCGAGCCCUCUCCCGUGGUGGUGAUCCUGCCUGGACCCAUCCUCAGCUCCUUCCCACAGAACACUGUUGUGGGAUCCUCCACCUCCGCUGCUGUUGGCAGUAUCCUCAGCUGUCAGGGAGUGCCCAUCACCUCUGGGGGCUUUGACCUCUCCUGCAUUUCCAACCGCUACUGUGGCAGAAGGUGCCCCUGCUAA